AUGGCCAGAACAUAUACGCCUCUGAGGUCUACCAGGAAAAGGCCUUCGAAUCAAACAACAUAUGUGGUUCCUACGCUGUUACUUCUUACCUUCUUCGCUGUCGUAUCCAUGCUUGUGAAUAAACUUGCUCCUGUCCAAGGCGAGCACCUCGAAUUCUCUACGGUUCCGGGAUACUUUCUACAAGAUGAUCCAAAAACAAUUUCACACGGUUUCGACUUUAAAAAUACCAAUUUCGGGCUGAUCAACAGAGCAUAUGACGCCGACGCUGACACCUCACAUCCUGCAUUGCUCAAGACCCAAUGGCAACGCUUUGAGGCUGAAAUAAUGAGACUAAACUCCCAGAGUGAAUCUACCACACGAUUUUCAUUAUUGUACAUGGGCCGACACGGCCAAGGCUAUCAUAAUCUCGCAGAAUCGCGUUACGGUACCAAGGCAUGGGAUUGUUAUUGGUCCCUGCAAGACGGCGAUGAACACGGCACAUGGCGUGACGCUGAACUUACGUCUGUGGGGAUAUCUCAAGCCGAAUCAGCCCGAGAUUUCUGGGCAACCAUGAUCGAAAAAGAGAAAAUACCCGUUCCUCAGUCUUAUUACGUGUCUCCACUUAUUCGUUGUCUCCAAACAGCGUGGUAUACCUUUACAGGUAUCGAUCUACCACCAGAGCGACCCUUCAAGCCUAUAAUUAAGGAACUGAUAAGGGAAUGUAUCGGCGUGCACACAUGUGACGAGCGUAGUUCGAGAACCAUUAUCGAGGCUAAAUACUCAAACUGGACUAUUGAAGAGGGUUUUACAGAAAACGAUGAGCUAUGGAGUCCAACACUACGGGAGACCGAUGAUGCUAUGGACCAACGUCUCAGAGCCGCUCUCGAGGAUAUCUUCUCGCAUGAUAAUCAGACUUUUAUUAGCAUUACCGCCCACUCUGGGAUGAUAGCCAGCGCUCUCAGAGUUCUUGGGCACCGAGAUUUCAGUCUAGACACAGGCCAAGCAAUUCCAGUAUUGGUUAGAAUAGAUCGAGUUCCAGGAGCUCUCCCUCCUGUUAAAAAGGCUGCAUGGUUUGCGCCAGAGACAUGCCUUGAACCUCCCAAGCCUGCCAAUUUGGUGAAAAAUGAAAAAUGA